UCUUUAACAGAGAACAUCUAACAAGAAAUAUAAGAAUUAAAAAUUAAAAAAAAAAACAUUAUAACAACAACAAACAUAACAUUAUAACAAAACAAACAAAAACCACUAUUUAAAAAAGAAAUUUAUAUAGAAAUAAGUUUAAAGUGUUUUUUAAAAGUAAUUAUUUUUAUAUAAAAACAAACAAAAAUUAUACAAUUUUUACUCAAAAAAAAAAAAAAACAACAAAUUAAAAGGAUAUUUUUUUACCUCUAAUAUACUCAAAUGAAAAAUAAAAAAACCCUACACACACACUCAGUCAUAAAAGGAUAUUAUUUCAACUAAAAACCGUGUAUAAAUUAACAGGAUUUUUAAAAAUAUCAUAUCAUUUGUAAUUUACAAUUCAACCAGUAAAGACAUCCAUCAGUCUUAAAAGAAAAUUUUUUUUAAAAAAGUGUCUUAAAGAAUUUUGUAAAUUUAAAACGUGAAAUACCUCUUAACAAAAUUAUACCUCAAAAAAAAAGGAAAUUUAUAAAAAAAAACCAACAACAACUAAAAGUACAAAACCUCAACUUAAAGGAUUAAUAACAACAUAUACACUUAAACAACUAACGAAAUUUGGAUUUAAAAGCUGUUUAAAGAAAGCAAAAAAAUUUCGUGUGUUUAACACGAAAUUUUGAAAAAAUUUCUAAAUAAAAACUUAAAAUAAAACAGUUGUAAACAGGAUAUGGCCAUAUCUUUGCUACAAGACGCACAAACCAGAACUUUGGCCGCCGCUUUAGCUGGCAUGCAACAACGCGAAGAAGUUGAUCGUUCUUUAUCACUAUCACCACCCAUGUCUGCCAAUACCUCUGCCACAAAUACCGCCAUGUAUCCGGGACUACAACAAGCUGCUGCUGCCUCUGCCUUUGGCAUGCUUUCACCCACACAAUUGUUGGCUGCCAAUCGCCAGGCAGCAGCUGCCUUUAUGGCUCAAUUACCCAUGUCUACCUUGGCUUCCACCUUAUUUCCUCAUCAUCCAGCUUCUUUGUUUGGUUCCUGGGCAGCUGGUAAUCCGGCUGGCAUUAAUCUAGCCAAUGCUGCUCCUCAUUCACCGCCCGCUUCUCCUCACUCACCCAUUAAUAUCAAUACACCUCAGGCCCAUAAACACAGUCUAAGCAUGACUUCACCCACUGCCUCGACACAAGGAGAAUUGCCGGCCAAAAAGGCUCGCAAAUUAACGGUGAAAAAGGAUCUUAUAUCGCCCAGCAUGGAAAUCUCUAUGAGUGUUAGUGAUUUAUAUAAUACCCCUGGACCCAUAUCACCUCCCUCCUCGGGCUCUUCACCCAACUCCUCCACACAUGAUGUCUCCAGUCCAGCCACCAAUGCCAACAAUAAAGAUACAGCUGCUCGUGACAAAAGUUUCACCUGUAAAAUUUGCUCUCGUUCUUUUGGCUAUAAGCAUGUUUUGCAAAAUCAUGAACGCACCCAUACCGGUGAGAAACCCUUCGAAUGUCCAGAAUGCCAUAAACGUUUUACCCGUGAUCAUCAUUUGAAAACCCAUAUGCGUUUACAUACCGGCGAGAAGCCCUAUCACUGUUCCCACUGUGAUCGCCAGUUUGUGCAAGUAGCCAAUCUAAGACGUCACUUGAGGGUACAUACCGGCGAACGUCCCUAUACCUGUGAGAUUUGUGAUGGCAAAUUCAGUGACUCCAAUCAAUUGAAAUCGCAUAUGUUGGUGCACAAUGGCGAGAAACCGUUUGAAUGUGAAAAAUGCCACAUGAAAUUCAGACGUCGUCAUCAUUUGAUGAACCACAAAUGUGGUGUACAAUCACCCAUUACACCCGCUCUCUCACCAGCCAUGAGCAAUGAUUACAGCAUUUUGAAUUGUGAUCAAAAGUCCUUCUAUGGUUCCGAAGAAUCCAUGGAAAUUGGCAAACCUAUGCUUAAUCAUUCCAUUAUGAAUUAUGCGGGUAUUACACAAAUGGAAGAAGAUGCUCCUUUGGACCUGUCCGAAGAUGGUGGCAGUCAAACUGAUGAAAGCUGUUCGUUGCGCUAUCGUAAGGCAAAUGAUAUUAGACGUGUUUUCCGUUUGCCUCCUCCACAAAUCGUGCAUGUACCCAGUGAUAUGCCCGAACAAACUGAACCCGAGGAUUUGAGCAUGCAUUCACCUAGACAAGAAUUCGUUAGCUCUAAUCCCUCAUCGGCUGCUCAAAGCCCUGAACCUAAUAUGCUAAUGAUGCAUGAUGAUUUGGAUUUGGAUGAAUUAGAUGAUGCCGCCAGUAUGUAUAUGAGACAACAGCAACAACAACGUUUGCAGUAAAUUUUAGGGGAAUUUUGAACUUAAAAAACUCCCCAAAGUAUGUGUUUACUUAGUCCAAAGAUUGUAUAUAAAAACAAUUUGCUCUCCAUCAAAUGGAACAAAUAUGUUUUCCACCAAAAACAAAAA